UAAACUGGCACAGACCUCACCAGCUUUGGGAGGAAAUAUGGUCAGAAAGUUGUUGGACAGGCAGAAAGGUACAAAAUGAAACAAAAUUCUCCUAGUGGAUUCGUCUUUUCUGUGGUCUUUCCCACAAUCUUUUCAUGCACACGUCAUUCCACUAGGUUUGAGUUUACAGUUUGCCUACUCCUCGUGGCAUCCUGGUGCAAGAGAGUAAGGGCCCAGCGGAAACGGGAAACCAACAUGGGACUUGCGAACCGAUCUUUUUGUGUCGUCACAGAGAUUGUCGCACAGAUUGCUUGACAAGUGUCACUGGCUAGAAGCAUCUAGAAGCGAUCCCAAAUCAUCUCUCACUAGUGUUUUUUCCUGCAAGUUAAACUAGGACAUCUCUUUUUGCUUGAAAAAGGCCCGGGGCCCUAAUGAGAACAUCUCACGAGAAGAAUCCAAGAAGUCCCUGCCUUCUUGAUAAAUAUGAGAAAGCUGCUGAACAAACCUUGUGAGGUUUAUUGGGGAUUUCGUGGGACAAUUGAAAAAUCGCUUGGCUGGCAACUCAUGUGCAUCGUGAUACACACAUAGGGAAAGAAAUAGGAUUCAAGAGGAGCUUGAGUUGAGGAACAGGAUCUUACAUCCUAUGAGGCAAAGAUUGUCCAAACUUCCAAACACACUUCAUGGUGACAGAGCGCAUGGCUGCCUUUCAGAUUGAGCCAGUCGCAAAAUGGUUUCCUCUUCAGAGAAGUAGCUAGGUAGAUGGUAGGUGUCAAAAGGUUCCACCCAGUGGGGCAAGCAGGUUGGCCGGGGAAUAUCUAGUGAGCCCAAGAAAGCCACACGAUCCUCACAUGCCCUCCACCCAUCUCAACGACGUCGGUGAGAUGGAGCAAGGUGAAUUUCAUGUUCAUGGCAUGGCAAUUGCAGGUCCAUGGACUACAUUGGGAAGUACCUUUUGCCCGAAGGGUACACCGGUGGCUGGCGAUCUUUCCAAACACCCGGCGGAGGAGGAUCAGCCGAAGGUGGCCAGCAUGAAGCGCCUCGUGACCUUCGUCGGGAAGUUCGCCGAUUGGAAGCGCCUGGAUGCGGUGCUCUACGCUGCCAAGGAGUAUGAGGCCAAGUUUCCAGAUGUGGGUACGGCGAUCGUUGGUACUGGGCCACCUGAUGCAGUGGAGAAGUACCACACAAUGGCGAAGACAUUGGGACUCGAGCGAACCGUUUUCCUGGGGCCAAAGGGUCAAGACGUGCUGGCGGAGCUCUUCUCCAUGUCAGAGGUGGGCAUGUUCCCGUCCUACAAGGAGCCCUUCGGCAUGGUCUUCAUCGAGUGCAUGGCCUGUGGAUGCCCCACCAUUGGAGCCAACAGCGGAGGCCCCACGGAGUUCGUGAAGCCCGAGCAGGGGGUCCUCAUUGAAGAAGAGCCGGAGUGGCACUCCGAUGAAGGAAUGCAGAGGCUGGGUGGAAAGGUGGCAGCCCAAGUCAUCAAGGCCCUGGAAGAAGACUGGAAGAAGACAAAGGGAGCGGGUUGCGUCGACUUCGUGACCAAGAACUUCUCAACGGUGGCGCAAGUUGAAGGCAUGCUUGCAAACAUGAAAGAGUGGUCAGGGGCAUAGCCGAGCAUAGCAACAUGAAGCAACCAGAGCACUAGGCCUGGUAGAACCGCCAACAGCGGAUUGUGUAGACGUGUAGACGCUGUGAAGUGUCAACAUACCCUGAUGUCCACUACUCUCUUGCAAAGCAAGACACAUUGAUUCUCAGCCUUCGACCGCUGUUUUUCCUUUUACAGCAAGGAGGGAACCAGCAUCGAAGCUCUUGAAAA